AUGAAGGACCUCGAAGAAGUUGCUUACAUUCUAGGGAUAAGGAUAUUGAUAAACAGGAGUAAAAGACUAAUAAGACUUAGUCAAAGCACCUACUUGGAUAAGGUGUUGAAACGAUUCAGCAUGGAGAAUUCCAAGAGCGGAAACUUACCUAUCCAGAGCAAUACCAAACUGAGUAAGACUCAGAGUCCGAGUAUAGAGGCUGAGAUAGAAGAAAUGAGUCGAGUACCAUAUGCUUCCGCAGUUGGCUCGAUCAUGUAUGCUAUGACAUGUACUCACCCUGAUGUGGCCUUUGCUCUGAGCAUGGUCAGCAGAUAUCAAGGGAACCCUGGUAAAUCUCACUGGACUACGGUAAAGAACAUUCUUAAGUACCUGGGAAGGACUAAGGACUGGGUCCUUAUCCUUUGUGGGAGUGAUGACUUGAGAGUGACAGAGUAUAGUGACGCCAGCUUUCGGACCGACAGAGAUAAUUUCCGCUCUCGGUCGGGCUGGGAAUUUACCCUUAAUGGAGGAGCAAUAAUAUGGAAAAGUUCCAAACAGGAAACUGUGGCUGAUUCAAUGUGCGAAUCAGAGUACAUAGCAACAAGCGAAGCAGCAAAGGAGGCAAUAUGGUUGUAG